AAACAAGCAAUUUUAUUAAUGCAUCCCUGAAAGCAAGGAAAACCCUUCAAUCACAAAAUAGUUUUCUAAAUUUAUCCCAUCAAGGAAUCCAUUAACAUUUUCAUAUAAAUACACAAGAACACAAAUGUAUGUCUUGAAUAUUAUCUUCCAAGAAAAAGAACAAUGUUUAUCCUACGACAAGAACCCCGUCGAUUUCAUUUACUCUUUUUAGGGGCAUUGGCCUUCAUGAUAUGUGCACAAGGUGCUGAAAUCGCGAAAAUUGCUAAGGACGGAGCGAAGGGAAAUGUGGGGACUUAUCAGGCCAUAAAUUGCCGAAAACAUGUUGCGGUUUUGACGGAUUUUGGAGGUGUGGGAGACGGGAAAACCCUAAACACAAAGGCAUUUCAGGACGCCAUCACCAACCUUAGCGCAUACGCUGACGAUGGCGGGGCCGAGCUUAUCGUGCCACCGGGGAAAUGGUUGACUGGCAGCUUUAGUCUCACUAGCCAUUUCACACUUUUUCUCCAUAAAGAUGCAACUCUUCUUGCCUCUGAGAACGAGGCAGACUAUCCUCUAACUGACCCAUUGCCAUCCUUUGGAAGAGAAAAGGAUUUACCUGAUGGGAGGUUUUCUAGUCUCAUCACUGGAUCAAACCUUACUGAUGUUGUAAUUACCGGUAAUAAUGGGACGAUCGAUGGGCAAGGUAAAAUUUGGUGGGACAAAUUUGACGAGAAAAAACUAAAGGCGACCCGACCACUAAUGAUUGAGAUUAUGCACACUACUGAUCUCCAAAUCACAAACAUUACUCUCAUUAACUCUCCCAUGUGGAAUGUCCACCCUGUUUAUUGCAGUAAUGUGUUGGUCCAAGGUGUUACGAUUAUUGCCCCAGUUGAAAUUCCUAACACAGAUGGCAUCAACCCAGACUCGUGCACAAACACAAAGGUGGAAGAUUGCUACAUGGUAUCGGGAGAUGAUUGCAUUGCCAUAAAGAGCGGGUGGGACCAGUACGGAAUUAAGUACGGAAUACCGACAAAACAGCUCAUCGUGAGAAGGCUGACGUGCAUUUCCCCCAAGAGCGCCGCCAUCGCCUUGGGAAGCGAAAUGUCGGGCGGGCUCGAGGACAUCCGGAUCGAGGACGUCACCGCGGUCGACACCGAGUCGGCCGUCCGGAUCAAGACGGCCCCGGGGAGAGGAGGCUACGUGAAGGGCAUUUUCGUCAAAGACAUGAAGCUGGACAACAUGACGUACGUCUUCUGGGUGUCUGGGAAGUACAAGACCCACCCGGACGACGGGUUUGACCCGAAGGCGCUCGCAAAGAUCGACAACAUCAACUUCAUGGACGUGGUGGCCAAGAACGUGAACAUGUCGGGGUCGUUCGACGGUUUCCCCACGGACCGGUUCACCGGGUUCUGCCUAUUGAACAUCUCGAUGACUCUGAGCUCUCACCCUAAGAAGCUCCAGUGGAAUUGCACGGACGUCGAGGGUGUCUCGAACAAUGUCACUCCUGAGCCUUGCAGUUUGUUGCAAGGAAAGGGCGCUGCAGAGUGCACUUUCCCCACAGACAAACUACCCAUUGAGGACAUUGUCCUCAAAACUUGUGAUGUCAAAGGAGUUUCUUCCUCUUAAUUUAGUAGUGUUGUAACUCUUACAACUUGUUUUUACUAUGAUAUAGGUGUUUGAAUCUUGGAUAGCUACAAAUAAUAAUGAUGGCAAGAGAGAUAUUGACACCAAAAAAGUAAUUAUAAAUAUAUAUAAAAAUCAUUCUUUUCAAGGUCGGGUGUAUUUUAAUGAUUGGUCAUUAUUGUCGAGUACUCCUGUGCUCUAAAACUAACUUCCCUAUUUGAUUAAGUUUCUUUUUUUAAUGAAGUGUAAGAAUUCCU